CAACCUCCGGCUCCCAUUAUUUCAAAGCUUGUAUUCCCCCUCCCUAAUAAACACAAAAUUAGAAGAAAGAAAUCAAAGGGAUCCCAAAUCACAAUCACUUUUUUUCUUCACUGUUACGAAAGAAAUCAUACUGAACGGCAGAGAAGAACAAGAAGAAAAAGCAGUAGCGAAUCCUCUGCAGUGGGUCAUCUCAUUGGGUCCCCGAGCUGUUUUCUAUCUUCAACACUUCAAAGACUAACGGCUUCUCCUUCUUCGCCUGAAUUUGGAGUCAAAAUUUCGUUUACGCAGCCAUGGCUUCCGCUCCGAUGAGGAUUGUCUUCGGUCUCCUAACCUUCGUCACCGUCGGCAUGAUCAUCGGUGCUUUGUUACAACUAGCAUUUAUAAGAAGGCUGGAGGACUCUAUUGGCACGGAGUUUCUAUCUGCUGGAAGGUUACAUAAAACUCAGUAUGAUAGUCAACGUCAAUUAUCCCGAGGCCUUCCUAAUUGGAUCAAUGACAAAGAAGCAGAAAUUCUUCGGCUUGGCUAUGUUAAACCAGAAGUAGUAAGCUGGUCACCACGAAUCAUUGUAUUGCAUAAUUUUUUGAGCACAGAGGAGUGCGACUACCUUAAGGCAAUAGCACUUCCUCGCCUUGAAAUUUCCACUGUCGUGGAUACAAAAACCGGGAAGGGAGUUAAGAGUGAUUUCAGAACGAGCUCUGGAAUGUUUUUAAGUCAUCAAGAGAAAAAUUAUCCGAUGGUCCAGGCAAUUGAAAAAAGAAUUUCUGUCUAUUCUCAAAUACCAGUAGAAAAUGGAGAGCUCAUUCAAGUGUUAAGGUACGAGAAGAAUCAAUUUUACAAGCCUCAUCAUGACUACUUUUCUGAUACUUUUAACUUGAAGCGUGGAGGUCAGCGUAUAGCAACCAUGCUUAUGUAUCUAAGUGAAAACAUUGAAGGAGGAGAAACCUACUUUCCUAAGGCUGGUUCUGGUGAGUGUAGUUGUGGUGGGAAGACCGUUCCAGGACUGUCAGUUAAGCCAGCCAAAGGAGAUGCAGUGCUUUUCUGGAGCAUGGGCUUGGAUGGACAAUCAGAUCCAAAUAGCAUUCAUGGAGGGUGUGAAGUACUGUCAGGGGAAAAAUGGUCUGCCACAAAAUGGAUGAGGCAAAAGAGUACUCUGGUACCAUAAUUCAAACUUUCUAGUUCCAUUGUAUUGUAUAUCAGCAUUGAAUAUUUUACAUAUCAACUAAUAAAUCUAUUGAGAAAGAGAGAGAGAGAGAGAGAAAUGGAGAGAGCCUAAUUUAGAUAGCAUAUUAACAUAAUAACAAUUACAGUGAAUAAGUUUAUUUAAGGAAUAAUACAAUACAGCUGCAGCUGCAUCUGAUGUUAUUUCCCCUACUGUCAUGUCAGCUGAGCCUAUUGUUUCUUUUCUUUUUUUGGGUCAAGUGUGGGAAUUCUCUAAA